AUGUCCAUGGGCUCCGGUGCGUCCGGUUCGCGGGCAGACUCCGUUCUCGCCUGCGCGCUAGGAAACAACAACGGCACGUACCCGAACGGUACAAAGGGCGCCGGCUCUUGGCUGUUCGGACAUUACGUGCCCACCUCGGCCGAGCUCACACUAUGCCAGGAGUAUCAUGAUCCUUGGGCGGGGACCGUCAAGUACGGACACUGGACGAUAUGGUUCAUCAUCUGCUUCGUCGCGUUUUUCUCCUGGACGGGCAGCCAUCGACGCAUCGAGUUGACAUCUAGGCAAGUACUAACCCCCUCGGCGGUCAAAGCCAGUCUCAUCGGCGUGUUGCUCACUAAAUUCCGGUACCUGCCGCCUUGCGGCCCCUUGACGCUCAUGAUCGUUUUCUUCGCUUUUACCAUGGGCUAUGUAUGGGGCUUUAGGCCGUGCUAUCGUCCUCCCAACUUCGGUAGCAGCCCUCUUGGCUUGCGCUCCGAGUGGGCGGCGACAGCGACCAUGCCUUUCAUCUACGCUUUCGGCACUAGGGUCAACUUCGUUGGUUAUGUCACCAACAAACCUCUGCACACUAUGCGAUCGUUCCACGUGUGGGCUGGGUGGUUUUGCCUCUUCAUGAGCAUCGUGCACACCGUCGCCAUGUUCAUUCGUGCGAAUAGGCAAGCGCCGCUUUGGUAUACUAUGAAGACCAACGCAGAAUACAGCAAUGGGUUUUGGGCGUUGAUUCCGCUCAUCUGGUUGACACUCAUGUCGUUGGACAUCGUCAAGAACGCUUGCUACGAAGUCUUCUACAUCUUGCAUUGGCUGGCAGCCUCCAUGUUCUUGGCCGGGAUGUUCUUUCAUUGCGGGAAUACCCUGGACUCCUGGGCAUACUGCUGGGCAACCUUGGCUCUGUGGGCAGCGGCCCUCCUCCUCCGACAUGGUGUUAUCCUCUUCCGGACCCGACUGCUCACCCGUCUCGACUCGGCUACAGUCCAUGUCGCAGGGAACAGGGCCGUCAUGAUCAGCGUACGAACGCGCACGCGCUGGACGCCAGGCCAACACGUCUACCUCCGUUUCGUUUCGCUGCAGUCGUGGGCCACGCAUCCCUUCACCGUCGCGUCCUUGCCCGAUGACGAGUCGGGUCUGGUGGUGCUCGCCCGGGCUCACACGGGAAUGACAGGCCGCCUGCUCGCGAGAGCGCAAACGAGCUCUGCCCAAACGUGGACGGGACGUGUCAUCAUCGACGGUCCGUACGGCGGAGAGACGUUCCUGGGAGUGCGACUCAGCUUCUGCGCCGAGGUCAAACUAAUCUGGGUCGUGCGACAAAGUGAUGAUCUCGCUUGGUUUGCGCAAGAGAUUCGGGACGUGUUGGACGCGUCGGAUGCGAACAAGAACCUCGAAGUCUUUGUCAUGCUGUUCAUCAGCAACACGUGUCCCGUCAGCCAAGAGAGCGAUAGCGAUAUGGAACGCAAGGGAGAGCGAUCCGAGGUUGGGCUCUACGAGCGUUGCAAGCCAGUGUACGGCCGUCCCAACAUCGGCGACCUGGUCCGCGAUGUGUCUUCGAAGACGGUCGGGCGUUUGGGUAUUGCAUCUUGCGGCCCACACUCCAUGCUGUCCGAUGCCCGUGCUGCGGCGGUUGCCACCAACCUCGCCGUCGCACGGAACGACAAGGUCUGCACCGUGUCGGAGGUAGAGUUCUAUGCCGAAUCCUUCGAGAUGUGAUCUAGACGAUGUUUAUACGGCGUAACUGUUUUCAUGAGUUACCCAAGGCGUUCGUGCGCCAUGUCGAUCCAUUUGCGUCCG